AUGUCUUCAGGACGGAAUAGCCGUCAUACGCGGCUCGGCACGCCAGGCGCUGCAUUCGGCAACGUGAGCAACACUGUGCCAAAGAUGCCUCUACCAUCGGGGCUGACCACGAGCAGCGCUCCCAAUGGAAGGGCAAGUCUUGAGCCAACCCGCUCGCGUCUCGAUAGCGCGAUUCAGUGCUGUUCAAGCCCAAGAGUCAACGGGCCAUUCGUCUUCGUUCGGCGGAUCCGCUCGAGCCCAACUACUUCUCCACUCCACCCGCUGCGCGCGUACUCGUCCGCUCCCUCUACCUUCUCUUUGGUAAUAGCCGCGCCGCCCCCCAGACGCUCGAAUUUCCUCCCACUGGCGUAUUCAACAAGCGCCUGGUUGACGCUGAGAGCAAGUGGGACGUGGAGGGACAGAGGAAGGGGGAGGGGAUACGGUGGCCUGGAUGUGCGGGCUCCGAAACGCUUACGGACGACGACCUCGACCGCACGACUCGGCACGUCACAAGCAGACAGCGUCGUCGGGACACUCAAGGGGCACGGUGCAACUGGUCUACGCGUCGUAGAUGCGAGCGUGUCCCUGGAGCCGCCGGCUGCGCAUCCUGUCGUGCUCGUUGUGGCGCUUGCGGAACGGCCGGGGGAAGAUGUGACUGAAGGUGCUGUCAAAUUGUAG